CAAAUCUAAUGAAGAAGUAGCUAGCAGCUAACUAGUAGGGUUGGACUACUGAAUCUGUUGACACACUUAGCGUUAGGUGGCGAACUUGCUUGCAAAACAUAAACGCACUCUCUGAAGAACUUUGAUUGUAUCUGGCUAAUCGAGCUGGCUAGCUAUCUAAACUUUGCAACCCUCAGCGGCUACAAGCAAAUAAAGCAAGUAAAGUUAUUCGCGAACUAGCAUUAAACCGAGCAGAGCUUAUGGACACGACGAGGAGGGCUAUGUCAGUAUCAUGACAGAAGGGGAGGAGCUCUAGCAGGCUGACCAAUAGCCAUGGAUGGGUUUCAGCAGCCUGCCCCAGAGACCAACGAGGGGGUAAUUGGAAAAUCUAUUCCAGGGGUCCAGGCCACGGUACCAUUGUCUGGCCCAAAUCCUCCCCAGGCUGAUGUCAAAUGGUCAACACAGGGAGCGGAGGUGGUGGGACCGGGCCCCGGUGGGGCGACAGAUCGCCUGGAACCUGGGGAUGAGAAGGAGUGUGGAGAGGACAAAGGGGUGGAGGGCUCUCCGGCCUCCAGGAGUUUGGAUGGGAGCCUGCAGAACGGCGACGGGGCGGAAGAGGCGAGGCUGGAGAAGGAUGGGAGCAGCUGCAGCGCGCAAGGCAGUCCUGCGACUCCCCACAGCUACACGGACCUGUCUCACACCUCGUCUCCCUCGCUGUCGGAGCAGUUGCGCCUGGGACAGGGAGAUGCCACCGGGGCUGGGAUCAAUGUGGAGUGUAAAAUCUGCGGAGACAAGGCCUCGGGGUUCCAUUAUGGCGUGCAUGCUUGUGAGGGCUGCAAGGGCUUUUUCAGACGCACCAUUCGAAUGAAGCUCCAGUACGAGCGCUGUGAGCGCACCUGCAAGAUUCUAAAGAAGAAUCGCAACAAGUGCCAAUACUGCCGCUUCCAGAAGUGCCUGUCUUUGGGCAUGUCACACGAUGCGAUCAGAUAUGGCCGUAUGCCAGAGGCAGAGAAGAAGAAGCUGGUUGCUGGCCUGUUAGCGGAGGAGCUGGAUCACUACAAGCCCGGUGGUUCUGACCUGAAGACACUCGCCAAACAAGUCUACACCGCCUACCUGAAGAACCUCAACAUGACUAAGAAGAAGGCUCGCAGCAUCCUGACGGGCAAGACCAGCUCUUCCUCUCCGUUUGUGAUCCAUGAUGUGGACACCCUGUGGAAGGCUGAGAGCGGUUUGGUGUGGAACCAGUUAGUUCAGGGUGCCCCUCUGACCAAAGAGAUCGGGGUCCACGUGUUCUACCGAUGCCAGUGCACCACGGUGGAGACGGUACGAGAGCUCACCGAGUUCGCCAAGAGCAUCCCUGGCUUUGUGGACCUCUUCCUCAACGACCAGGUGACUCUACUAAAGUACGGCGUACAUGAGGCCAUUUUUGCCAUGCUUCCCUCCUUAAUGAACAAAGAUGGACUGCUGGUGGCCAACGGCAAGGGCUUUGUGACCCGGGAGUUCCUCCGGAGUUUAAGAAAACCUUUCAGCGAGAUCAUGGAGCCUAAGUUUGAGUUUGCGGUCAAGUUUAACGCUCUGGAGCUGGACGACAGCGAUCUGGCUCUCUUUGUGGCAGCCAUCAUUCUGUGUGGAGACCGACCAGGGCUGAUCAAUGUGAAGCAGGUGGAGCAGAGCCAGGACCGCAUCCUCCAGGCCCUGGACCGACACCUGCACACCAACCACUCAGACUCACUCUACCUCUUCCCCAAACUGCUGCAGAAGAUGGCCGACCUGAGGCAGCUCGUCACUGAAAAUGUCCUCCUAGUCCAGAAGAUCAAAAAGACCGAAUCAGAAACCUCUCUGCACCCGCUACUGCAGGAGAUCUAUAAAGACAUGUAUUAAGUCUUCCUCCUGGAACAGACAUUUGUUUAUACAAAAGAUUCUGGUAGCGAUAUUGUUGCAGACUGAAGCUGUACAUCCAUGGACAUUGUUCUGACAUGCAAUAUUUAUGCUGGGGCAUGUCUUUUUAAGCAGUGUUUGCCAUGUGUAGAAAUCACAGUGCCACUGAGCCAGGAAGUUGGAAUAUUGUAGUUCUGUGGUAAAUCCAACACGUACUCACAUGCUCACAUGCUCAACACUCCUGGAUAUUGGGAGACCCUUACCUCUGUUGUGAGCACAGUGCAGCAAUCGCAUGGCUCCAGCAGCUGUUUGUGCCCUACCCACAUAGGCAUGAUGUUGCAUAAAUGCACUAGGUAGUUGUGCUUGAACGCAAUGCAUUUCUGGGACCAGCAUAGCAAAUUGGUAGUCUUAAAUGCGGCUACCAGUAUUGCCAAAUCUUGUCACACAAAUUACGUUUCCCCUUAGCAGGGCUGUAGAACUGACAUGAGUGUUAAGGGAUUGAGUUGAGGAAGCCUGUUACAGGUGACAAACAUGUAUACAUUGUAAAGAUGCAAAAGAAAAGAUAUGUACAAAAAUCCGUAGAAAGGAGCUGUUGAUGGGUAUAGUCUUGCACAAACAUAGACUAUUCUGUUUUAUUGAUUUUCUUUUCUGUCAAAAGUGGAUUUCACUUUCUCCUAAGCUGUUUUUGUAGCAAUAAGAAUAACUGAUUUUUAAUAACUGACUGAUUUCAUCCACACAGGAUUACUACCUUUGUUCUAGGACUACAUUGAACACUAAUAUGAGGCCAACCCAUGUAUAUUUCUUAAUACUGAUAUAGUUUGUGCAAUACCUACCAUAACUGUCAAUGUCAAAAACUGUUACUUUGACCCAAAUGAGCAAAUACGGUACAUGUGGUUAAAUGCAGUUGUCUGUGAAGUGUGUGAAAUGCACAUUUGUUUUUAUUAAUAUAUUAAGUUUGGAUAUUUUUAGACACCAUGAAUUUCAACAUACUUUUGUUUUGGUUUUAUUCAAGUUAUGUUGGAUAACCAGGAACAGAGGCAAGUUACCUCAUUUUAACGUUAAAGUGUAAAUACUAAUACACUUGUAUGGAUGCAUUUCUUACCAUGCCAGGAGAAUGAGCUGCAUCACAAUGUAGGAAAGUGUAAGAAAACUGAAAGGUGAAUCUUGUCUUUGUAACAUCACUGUCUACUGUUCAGUGUCAACUCAGGACUUAAAUAUGUAUAUAGAGCAAGAGCCCUGAUCUUUAUAAAACUGUUAUUAGUA